AAUCGGGUUAUCGGGUUAAUGUAAGUGCUAUUGCUUAUCACAGUUCUCCUGCUGCGCAACUACCCUAACCGCGAGCGCAGCAAGGAUUUCGGCCUGUAGUUGAUUGGGUGUUGUUUUUUAGAAAACCUUUCUGGCGACCCCAUUUCAAACGGGCUGUGCUUAAAAUGGGAGCUGGGAAGGCUGAGGGGAUGCAUCCUAUUCUCUGCCCAGAUUCGCAAAACUGCAGUUCUCUAGAAAAUCCAGACCCUCCGGCCUCUCCCUCCCCCGCCUCCCCGCAAUUGCCUGGGCAGCUGGUGACUUUCCCUCGGCGUGCGUGGCAGCUUUUCUUCUCCCCCAUCCUAGUGUGCAGGAGCUCGGGAGGCGGUGCUGGGGGAGGAAGCAGUUCGCCUGAAUCCCCCGUCCGCCUCCCCCCCCCCCGUCUCGGUGCCUAAAUUGAAUGGAGAGGCUGAGCCAAGCUCCGGCUCUGAACUUGAAGUCUGCUGCUCUUCGCACCUCGGAAGAAGCCUGCGCGCUAAGGCCCAGCAGCUAAACUGCCGCAGCUUUGGGGCGAGCGAGAAGAUCUCAACCAACGAACCAACCACCCCCAGGCCAGCAUGUCUUCGGCCAAACAAAGGAGCAACAAGGGCACCGGCGGCGGCUCCUCUCCGUCGGAAAGGGGAGCCCAUUCUAGCCACCCCGAUGACGUGGCAAAGAAGCAGCAGCAGCAAAGCCAAGCUCAUUCCAAGGGAAGCAGCAAAGGAGGCUCUUCGCCCUCGGGAGGAAGCAAAUCCUCCUCUUUCUGCAGCCUCGGGAAGGUCUUUAGCUUCCUCUUCUCCCUGGCUCUGGUGGCAGCGGCGGUGCUCGCAGGCUUCUGGGUCCAGCACCUCUUGGGAGAAGUGAAGCAGCUCGGCCUCAGGCAAGAAGGCUUCGCCCGGGAGCGGGAGGAGCUGAGCCGCAACUUGGAAGGAGCGCUGCAAAAGAUGCAGUCUCUUCAAUCUGCAUUUGGAGGAUUUGAAUUGACACUGAAAAACACUCAGCAGAAACAAGAUGGCACAGAAAAGGCUAUUAGGCAAGGGGAGAGUGAGAUCAAUCGUAUUAGUGAGGUUCUUCAGAAACUACAAAAUGAAAUCCUGAAAGACCUGUCUGAUGGCAUCCAUGUUGUAAAAGAUGCCAGAGAACGAGAUUUCACUUCGCUAGAAAAUACCGUGGAAGAGAGGCUAACAGAGUUAACCAGAUCUAUAAAUGAUAAUAUUGCUGAAUUCACCGAUGUCCAGAAACGGAGCCAAGAUGAAAUCAAUGAUGUGAAAGCAAAGGUGGCUUUGCUUGGUGGUACAGAAGCAUACAAACAUGAGCUACAGGGUCUGAGAGCUGCUGUUAAUGAGAUGCAAGCAUCCAUGAAAGCUAAAGAGAAGGCCAUAGAAUCAUUACAAAAUACCAUUGAUUUGAUGGAGUCCGAUGUGUUGUCUGAAGUCAAAGAGCUUCUCAGUCUCAAACAGGAGCAUGAGAAGUUCAAAGAGGCUGCUGACACUGAGCAUCUUUCAUUACAAGCUUUGCAAGAACAAGUGCUUAAAGCGGAAGAAUCCAUUGUACGCCUUCCUAAUGAGCUUAAGAGACUUGGUGAAGACUUGCUGCAGGUGAAAGCCUCUGUUAACAUAAAAGAAGGCAAUAUGCUUCCCAAUGAGAUUGUGGAAACUCUGCAAAAGAACAAUGAAGAAUUUGAGUCCAGGUUCAGGUCCAUAGAAAAGGAUCUUCAAGCCUUGGGCUCACCAUCUGCCCAACCCCCUGAAGGAAUGGAAUCCGUUCUCUCCAAGUACGAUAGCAAGCUUGCUGUUUUAGAAGAAAGCCUUGGCUCUCUUCAUGGUACUUUAGAGGGUGAUGUGCGGUCAUUGACUGAUACUGUAAGGAGUCUCAGUGAAUCUCAGCUCUCUGUGUACAGUGACAUUGAUGAACUACGGAGAAGUGUGAGUGACUUGCCAAACAACGCCGAUGCCCUCAAUAACAUCCAGAAACAAGUUCGUGCUUUGCUGGAUCAAGAAAAGCCUCAAGCAGAUAUGGGGCAAUCUGAGCAUCUAGGGAAACUCUCCUCUGUAACAGCUUCUGUUGACGAACUGCGAUCCUCUCUUGGCCAGGUUGAUUCGGACUUAAAAAUGCUCAGGACGGCAGUUGACAGUUUAGUAGCUUACUCUGUGAAAAUAGAAGCCAAUGAAAACAAUGUGCAGUCAGUGAAGAGCUCGUUAGAUGAUGUAAGGAAUGACCUAGACAGGUUAUUUAUGAAAGUAGAGCAGAUACUUGAAAAGGUCUAAGCAUCCCGUGGAAAACAUCUUUAUCUUUUGAACUACAAAAACAACAAACAUUUUCAUAGGCCAAUCUUUUUGUGUGUGUGAGGGGGUGGGUGGAAGGGUUGGUGGGUUUGAAACAAAGAUCUAUUGAUGCUUCUAAGGGAAAAAAUCAUUACGGUUUCUAGUUAGGCGCCCUUUUUUUUAUAAUUGCUAGGACAAAUCAUUUUGUUUCUGCUGCAUAACCCAUAGUACAAAGGUGGUGGGGCGGGCGGGAAGGCAAAUCCUAACAACUGUUGCCUUGAUCCAUUGACAGACAUGGAGGCUCCACUGUACACAGACUGUCCAUUCAUUUGAAGGAAGUGGAAUCGUGUGCAUGGUUUUGCGUGUGCACACACACAGGUCUGCUGUCUUCAUUGAAAGAAAUAAGGCAUCUGGUACAUACAAGAAUUCCUGUAUACACACAAGAAUUCUAUGUACACAUCUAAGUAUGCACAGGACUCAUAAUCUGUAUGUGCUUGUAAUAUAUACAGUGUUCACAAGAAAAUUCUUAUAAGGUGUAAUGAGCCUGCUCUGCAGUUCUAGUGAAAACUGCUGAUUCUUAGCAAAAACCAAAGAGCAUGAUUGUCCAUGGGGAAUUAACCUGCAGUUAUGGAAAGAAUGUUGCCCUCAGCUACUCUUCUUGGGACCAUUUAUCAUAUUGGAAGCUGAGCUUGUUUUCAAGGUUGGCAUCAUAAUCCAUGGCUGCAGAUAUUUGUCAGGGAGAUGAAAAGCAGCUAAAUAAGAUGACUUUUUGAUAAGUGUACUGAAAAAAAGAGUAGGACUGAGGUGGGGGGGGGAGAGUUAAAAUGGAACUUCAUUGCUUCCAAAUGAAAUUCUUUAUACUUCCCCCAUGAUGUGGCAGAGUAUAACAUGCGUUACUACGAGAUCCAUACUAAGUGCCUGAUCUUCAUUGGCUCGAUAUAAUGGAACUGGACCUCAAGUCUGAUUUUUUAAAAAAAUCUUAGAUGUGAGCAAUUGUUGAAAGAAUGAGAUGUGUUCUAAAUAAUGUUUGUUUUUAAGAACCACUGAGCUGUACAACUGCGUGGAUCCUUGUUUACCUCCUUGAGAGAAUUUCUGCAUUUUUUGGUUUUUCACUUUUUCUUUUUUACUUAAAUGUUUAGGGAUAUUAGGUACUCAUAUGCAGAUGCAGCCAUGUUGGGAAUGGCUACACAUACAGACUUCUCCAAAGUGUUACACAUACUUUUGGAAAUAUUGCCACAGCAGCACAGGUAGCGGCCGGUCCUUGGUACAAGGCAGAAAAGUUGUCUGUGAUGCUGGCAGCAACAUGUGUAUUCAGAAGCUGCUACCAAGAGAUCUUAAGCCUUAAAAACCAAGAUGGAUGCACUGUAUUAAGAGCAAUGGUUACUUUAAUAAACUGCUCUUCACUGACCUUC